GUACUUCCGCUUCAGGAAAAGGCGGGUGAACGCUCCGCGUUGAGACUGAGCCGAGACGCCCGAGCGAUGGCGUGCACGAGGGGAGCGCUCAUCGUGCUGGAGGGGGUGGACAAGGCUGGGAAAACUACCCAGUGUAAGCGGCUCCUUGAGGCGCUGCGACGGAGCGGCCGCCCCGCGGAGAUGAUGCGGUUCCCCGACAGGACCACGGCCAUCGGACAGCUGAUCAGCGCCUACCUGGAGAAGAAGAGCGACUUGGAGGACCACACGGUGCACCUGCUGUUCUCCGCCAACCGCUGGGAACUGGUGCCUCUCAUGAGGAAGAAGCUGGAGCAAGGCAUCACUCUGAUCGUGGACCGGUACGCCUUCUCCGGAGUCGCUUUCACCAGCGCAAAGCCGGGUUUCUGUCUGGACUGGUGCAUGAAAGCCGACGUGGGGCUGCCAAAGCCAGACCUGGUCAUGUUCCUGCAGCUCAGUCCGGCCGAGGCCUCCCUCAGGGGUCAGUUUGGAGAGGAGCGAUACGAGACCGGGGUUUUCCAAAGUGUGGUUCAACAGAGGUUUGAGGAGCUGAGGAAAGAUUCCUCCAUCAACUGGCAGGUGAUCGACGCUUCUCAGAGUGUUGAGGAUGUGCACAAGAACAUCACGACCCACAGCCUCAACACCGUCGACACGGCUCACAACCUGCCACUCGGAGAGCUGUGGAAGUGAACCGGAAAUGACUGAAGCAGAAGAAAAUAGCAAAUAUAAUAUCAUUCCAUCUUGGAAUUGAAGAGAGACAUACCACUGUCCAAUACCAGAUUCUGACUUUAUUUGUUUUUAAUCCUCUUACAUGUAUUGUUCUUUCACGUGUCUAUAUUCUGUGUUGAUUAAAUAAAUAAUCUUCAAAUGAA